CACAUUCCCAGCCAAGGAAUACAAUUUUUAAAACCUCUAAGACCUUCUGUAGUUUUUCUGUGUCUCAUCUGUAGAGCCAAACUGGCAAACAUGGCCCUUCUUGCACUUCCCAGACCUAUCUGUGGCACUGAGGUGGCCCCAGUAACAUUUCUGGUAGCCCACUGCACUCUCCAUGGUACUGAAGGAAUGACCAUUUGUUUUAAGAUCUCUGGGGUCCAGGAGAGUCUUGUGACUUGGAACUGCAAAAGUUUACUGCUGGAGGGGACUGUCGAUGUAAACUGGCCCAGCGUCUUAUUUUAUAGAUAAUUUACUGAAGGUUGUAUAACGACUAAUAGUCUUAAAAUAACCUUGUACCCCUUAAUUCUAUUCUAAUUCAACAUUUAUGAAAUUAUUCAGUGGACCCAACUAUGCUACUGGUCCAAGGAAGUGAGCUUAUUUAGAGGAUCCAGGGACAAGAGUGAGAGCCCAAAUUUGAAGCUCCUGAAAUACACGUGGUGCGUAGUGGUGGUGCUUGUCUAGUGACCCUUGGGUAAGGACAUUUUUAUUCAUGAAUGUCCUGCCAAUAAUACUCUAAAAGCUUGGAUUCUACAGGUAACAAAUACUUGUUCCUUCAGUGGAGUACACCAGUGUUAAAAUUAAAGAGGCCCUGGCCCACCAGUGCCUUUUCUUUGCUGAUAAACGGGGCUGACUCCUGGCCCAGUUCCCUUCUGUUAAAAAUUUGUAAGGAAAGUAAUGCUGGAGUCCUUUUCUUUCUUGGUAACCCGUUUGUUUCAUAAUGUCCAUUAAUUGUAAGAAGGAAGUUCUUCAUGUCUCAAAUAUUCUAUCUUAGGAAAGCAAGAUGGGAAAAACAAAUGUCUAGGACCACAUGUGUUUAGCCUUGACCAGAUACAUACAUGACUGACUGGUCAGCCCUGAGGCCUGUUCCCAUCAAUUUGCAUUCUGGGGUUGUUUCUAAGUCCAAAAUCUGACCUCCUCUGCAGCUAAGUGUGAGUCCCUCCCAGCCCCCAUCAUCUUCCUUUCUGUGCUCUUCAGCCUUGGAGCUCAGCAUAUCUCAGGCCUAGGGAAUUUUAGCUGGAGAAUUUUAACCCCUUCUUGCUCAGAGCAUGUGCCGAGCUCCUAUCUGUGCAGAUGGCCCCGCCCCACCCCCAUCCCUCACUCUAGCCUCUUGAGCUCAGAGCCAGUGUAAUCCUCCUCUUGUGUGAGGAAGCCUCUCCCCUGCAGAGAGGAGGGAGCCUGCCUCAGCGCAGCUCUGGACAAAGGGGCUGAGAUGCCCUGUCAAACCGUAGGCUCCGAGGUUUGAAACAAGGAUGAAUCCUAGAUGGUAUUUACAGUUUUUAACCCCUUUCCUAGCUUGGCAGUGACCCUUAACUUCCACUCCUCCCCCAACUCUCUUCAUUCCUUCUGUAGCUCUCUCCCUCCAUGCCCCUCCCCCUCUGUCUGUCUCCAGACUGCUGCAGGGAGGUGUUGCUCUCCCAUGCAUGAAUGAGUCUCUGUAAUGAAUGGAAAUGAAUGGAUCAGGAAUCCAGGCAGAGGGAGGGAGAGUGAGGGAGAAGACAGGGUAAGGCUAGAAGCAAGGACUCAGGAACCUGGAAGAAUGUUUGGCUGUUGGUCAGUGGUGUGAGAGUGACUGGUCCUAGUUGGAUAACUGGGGAGCAUGACCAGCCUUCCUGUUUGCUUAUCAAGCUGCAUAGCCCAACCAUAAUGAAAGAGGGGUACCCUGUGAUGGCUGCUCCUAUCACCAGGGGGUGAGGAGGAGGAGGUAGUGGUGGUUCUGGAUUAGAAAUUUUAAAAGUAUAAUCUGGGGGAAGAAGUCUGGAUUAUCAGAGAACCUUUGGGUCCUGGCCAAACAAGGGGUAAAGGCUUUGAGGACGCCAAACAGGAAGGAUGAGCUGCCUCAUGCAAAUAGGAAGAAGGGGGCCUCAGCACCUGUUGCCUUCAUUAGCAGCUUUCCCUCUUCCUCCCUGCACUCCUCAGAACCAAAGAAUGUGAAGAGGUCCAUGGAGGGCUCACGUCCCCGUAUCUCUGGUGGCCACUUAGCACCAUCGCCACCAGCCUUCGAAGGCGAGCUGGAUCUGCAGCGUUACUCCAACGGGCCCAGUGUGAGCGCGGGGCCCCCUGGGAUGGGAGCCGUGGGCUGGUUGGAGAGUCGUGCAGGCGAGCGGCGCUUCCCCUGCCCUGUGUGCGGGAAGCGCUUCCGCUUCAAUUCCAUCCUGGCUUUGCACCUGCGAGCACACCCGGGCGCCCAGGCCUUCCAGUGCCCACACUGCGGCCAUCGCGCAGCGCAGCAGGCUCUGCUGCGCUUGCAUCUCCGAACGCACCAGCCAGAGCGCCUGGAGCGCCCACGAAGCCCAGCUGCUCGCUUGUUGCUGGAGUUGGAGGAGCGCGCGCUACAGCGCGAGGCCCGACUAGGCCGAGCCCGAAGUUCUGGAAACAUGCAGGCCACCUCUGCCACUGAGGGCCUGGCACAGCCUCAAGUUCCUUCAUCGUCGGCUGCCUUUCGUUGCCCUUUUUGCAAAGGCAAGUUUCGAACCUCUGCAGAGCGUGAGCGCCACCUGCACAUCUUGCACAGGCCUUGGAAGUGCAGCCUGUGCAGUUUUGGCUCGAGCCAGGAGGAGGAGCUGCUGAGCCACAGCCUGACAGCCCACGGGCCCCCGGAGCGCCCCCUGGCGGCCGCUCCUGCGGGGUCCCAGCCAGAACCCAGAUCUGCCCCAGAACCAGAGCCCCGACCCAAGUCUGAGCCUGAACAGGAGGCGACUCCUGUCCCAGCUCCUGCAGCUCCAGAGGAACCCCCGGCGCCCCCGGAGUUCCGCUGCCAAGUUUGCGGCCAGAGCUUUACACAGUCCUGGUUCCUCAAAGGCCACAUGCGCAAGCACAAAGCCUCCUUUGAUCAUGCCUGUCCUGUGUGUGGCCGCUGCUUCAAGGAGCCUUGGUUCCUUAAGAACCACAUGAAGGUGCAUGCCAGCAAGCUGGGUCCUCUGCGUGCUCCAGGGCCUGGCUCUGGGCCUGUCCGGGCACCUCAGCCUCCUGACCUGGGCCUGCUGGCCUAUGAGCCACUGGGCCCGGCACUACUCCUGGCCCCGGCGCCCACCCCAGCUGAGCACCGAGAGCCUCCGAGCCUUUUGGGCUACCUGAGCAUCCGAGCAGGUGAAGUCCGACCCAAUGGUGAGGGUGCUGAGUCCACAGCAGGCCGCAGUUUUGGAAGCUUCCGCCCCCUGCAGUCAGCUCUUCCCUCGAGAGCUCACCGGAACCAGGCAGAGGAGCCCGAGGAGGAAGAGGAGGUGGUAGAGGCUGAAGAGGAGAGCUGGGCCCGGGGCAGGUCGCUGGGCCCCCUGGCUUCAGUGUAUCCGCGCCCGGGUGAGGGGCAGGGGCACUCUGCACCUGGAGGGUCCCAGGCAAGAUCCACAGCCACACAGGAAGAAAAUGGGCUGCUGGCCGGAGGGACUCGGCCUGAAGGCAGCCGGGGGGCUACUGGCAAGGAUUGCCCUUUCUGCGGAAAAUCUUUCCGCUCAGCGCAUCAUCUCAAAGUGCACCUGAGGGUACACACAGGUGAGCGUCCCUACAAGUGUCCACACUGUGACUAUGCAGGCACCCAGUCCGGCUCGCUCAAGUACCACCUGCAGCGUCACCACCGAGAGCAGAGGAGUGGCGCAGGUCCUGGACCACCUCCAGAGCCACCGCCCUCUUCCCAGCGGGGUUCAGCUCAGCCAAAGUCGGCUCAGCCCCCUGCUACUUGGGUGGAGGGCACCACAAACCCUCGGCCUCCUUCAAGCAGCUCUGGGCCUGGGUCCCGUCGUAAGCCUGCCAGUCCUGGGAGGACCCUGCGAAAUGGGCGAGGUGGUGAGGCAGAACCCCUGGACCUGUCCCUAAGGGCGGGGCUGGGAGGUGAGGCUGGGCCGGGGGGCUCCCUCCACCGCUGCCUCUUCUGCCCCUUUGCCACUGGAGCCUCUGAGCUCAUGGCCCUGCACCUACAAGUGCACCACAGCCGCCGGGCUCGAGGUCGUAGGCAAACCCAAGCUGAUGCUUCUCCGCCCUACACCCUAACACCAUCAGGAGAGACCCCACCCAGCCCUCCGCUGGAAAGGGAGGACAGCUCAGGGCUGUCUAGGCCAGGAGAGGCAGGACUAGGGGCACAAGAACAGUAGGGUGCCCUCCUAGGGGCAAAUAGCUUAGUGAGCUUACCCCGCUGGAGUGGGGAGCCUAGAGGUAGUUGGGUAGAACAGCCAGCAGGGGGCAGCGUGGGACCCAUAUCCCAACCCCAAGUGGACCAGUUGUGGAGGGGGCAGCAGGUGAAGGAGGGUGGGCAGGCAGUCCCCACCCAGCCCAGGGGAGUCACAGUGCCUUAGAAGUGGCAGAGGUGAGGGUCAAAGAAUGGGGUCCUAGGGCUGGCAGAGGGUUAUAUCCCUGUUGAGGAGCCACUCUGCCAGUUUUUGCUGGUCCAUAGAAGUGAAAGUUUAUUUUUGUACAAGGGGUGGGGGUGGGGGGCACUGUACCCUUCUAGCCCCAUUAGGGGCCUGUAGACGUUGAUAUUUUUGGUACGAUUCCUGUCAUCCCUGUUGCAGUCAUGUCCCCAAAUAAACCGGUGUCUUGAGGCACAGGG